AGAGCCCCUGCGUCUGGGGGCUGGGACUCUGCUCCCCUUCGUCCUGAGCCCUUGUAGCCUGGGGCAGCGCCUGCCUUAGCCGUAAGCGAGGUGCUGGCAGGUGAAUGGAAGCAGGAUUUGGGUGGCCCGGCCCCAAGGGCAUCCUCCCUGGAGGUGGGCAUCCCUUCCCGGGGUCAGGCUUUCCCAUGCGCCCGCCAGCCCUGGGGCUCCUGCGCGCGGCCCACUUGCUCCGUGUGCUGGGGAAGGCAGGCGGUGCCUGGAGCCGCAGGCCCAUGACGUCGCCAGCAGCUGGGGGCCGCAUCCGGCCGUCCACCCAUCCGUGCCCAAGCACCGCCUCGUGCAAACUGCUGAUGAGGAGACAAAGUCCAGCCCUGCAGCCGCAGCCCCUGCCUGGUGCAGAGAUGGCAGCCGGGCUCGGCCGGAGGCUGGGCACGGCCCGCACUGCCUGGGGGCUGCCGAGCCAGCGCCUGGCGCAUCCCGGGGCCCGGGCCCAGCUGCAGCCAGAGUACGACGCCGUGGUGAUCGGCGCAGGGCACAACGGGCUGGUUGCUGCCGCCUACCUGCAGAAGUCGGGGGUGCGGACGGCCGUGCUGGAGCGUCGCCACGUGCUGGGGGGUGCCGCAGUCACGGAGGAGAUCAUCCCAGGCUUCAAGUUCUCCCGAGCCUCCUACCUGCUCAGCCUGCUGCGCCCGCAGAUCUACAAGGACCUGGAGCUGCAGAGGCACGGCCUGAGGCUGCACCCCCGCGACCCCUACUCCUUCACCCCCGUGCUGGAGGCCCGGACCCCCCCGCGCUCACUCCUGCUGGGGCACGACGUGGCGGAGACACAACGCCAAAUCGCCCAGUUCUCCCCCCGGGACGCCGAGGCCUUCCCGCGCUACGAGGCCUUCAUGAGCCGCUUGGUGUCGGCCAUCGACCCCCUGCUGGACGCGCCCCCCCUGGACCCCGCCGCGCUCACCCACGGCCCCCCCCGGCAGCGCCUCCAUGCCCUGUGCAGCCUCUGGCCCCUGCUGCGGGCUGGGCUGGUGCUGGGAAAGCAGCUGCCCCAGUCCUACCAGGUGCUCACGGCCCCCAUUUCCAAGGUCCUGGACCAGUGGUUCGAGUCUGAGCCCUUGAAGGCAACACUGGCGACCGAUGCGGUGAUCGGCGCUAUGGCCAGUCCACACACACCGGGCAGCGGGUACGUGCUGCUGCACCACGUGAUGGGCGAGCUGCAGGGGCAGCAGGGUGCCUGGGCCUACGUGGCCGGCGGCAUGGGAGCGCUGUCCAAUGCCAUCGCCUGUGCGGCCGCUGCCCACGGUGCACACAUCUUCACCGAGAAGCCCGUGGCCCGCGUGCUGGUGGGAACCAAUGGAGCGGCAUGCGGCGUGGCACUGGGGGACGGGACAGAGCUGCGGAGCCGCCUGGUGCUAUCCAACGCCUCCCCGCAGCACACCUUCCUGCAGCUCGUGCCCCAGGAGCAGUUGCCGGCGGCGUUCGUCCGGCAGGUAGCCCAGCUGGACACGCGCUCCCCCGUCACCAAGAUCAACGUGGCCGUGGCCCGGCUGCCCAGCUUCCUGGCUGCGCCCAACCCGCGCGACGGGCGCCCGCUGCCCCAUCACCAGUGCUCCAUCCACCUCAACUGCGAGGACGUGGCUCUGCUCCACCAGGCCUUUGAGGACGCCAGCCAGGGGCAGCCCUCUGCCCGCCCCAUGAUCGAGCUCUGCAUCCCGUCGGCGCUGGACCCCUCGCUGGCCCCCCCGGGCUGCCACGUGGUGUCUCUCUUCACCCAGUACACGCCGUACACGCUGGCCGGCGGCCGGCCCUGGGGCGAGCAGGAGCGCGAGGCCUACGCCGACAGGGUGUUCGACUGCGUUGAGGAUUACGCCCCCGGCUUCAAGGCGUCCGUUGUGGGCAGGGACGUGCUGACACCGCCGGACCUGGAGAGGGUCUUUGGGCUGCCCGGAGGGAACAUCUUCCAUGGAGGGAUGUCUCUGGACCAGCUGUACUUCGCCCGCCCGGUGCCAGCCUACGCAGGCUACAGGUCCCCCAUCCCCGGCCUGUACCUCUGCGGCAGUGGAGCUCACCCCGGAGGGGGGGUGAUGGGAGCCGCGGGCCGCAACGCCGCCAGCGUGGCCCUGGAGGACUUCAAGCAGAAGUGACCACGACCCCCGGGCCCUGUCCUGGCCAUGCCCAGGGCAGCGGUGCUACCAGGCCCCUGCCUGUCCACACCAGGGUGGCCCAGGGGCUGUGACGGACGGGGGGGAGAGCUGCAGCCAGGGAACGUGGCCCCGUCCUGCAGCUGGACUGUGGGAGGGCUGCGGGUUUCCUGGUCCCCCUGGGGCAGGGGGGUGUAGGGAAUUGCCGCAGCCCCCGUGUCAGGGCAGCAUGGGCAGGGGCUUCACCGUGCUGCCACGGGGACCCCCCCCACACGUGGCUGCGUGCACCCAGGCACGUGCUAGCAGCUGUGGCCGGGGCUCCGCGCUUGGUGCUGCACCACAGGCUGUAGCAAUAAAGGUGGAUGAGCUCAGUA